AUGUCCGGCUCAGUGACAACAUGGUCUGCAGAAGGACCAUUACUUCCCGGUAACCUAGACUUUAAGAAACUAUUUGUCAGGGACGAUGAAAUCAUCCGCUUGAUAGCUUCGAAUGGAAUACAUGUGAUAGGCACACUCAAAGAAAUACGAGAUUAUCUUCGCGGGGGAGAAGGUGAUUCAAUCUGUUAUAGAGUUUUAAUGACCCCAUUUCAAGCAGUGUUUUAUGCCGAGAUGCUAGAAUACCCAGAAACACUCUUUGUUGCCACUAAGAAUAAGUUCGGGUUCGUAGGAAAUUAUCAUGGCCCAGGAAAGCCGGACACUCGAGUUGUAUCUGAAUGCUUCCCCCCAGAAUCGCAGUCAGAUAUGAAAAUACCUAAUAACGUACGUUACACUGGGGGCAGCGUGGAUUGCAAGGGGAGAGUUUGGUUGAUGACUUAUGAUGGAAAAAACUCGUCUGGCCAACUCUUUCACCUUGAUAAGAACUGGAAACCAGCCAAUCCUCGAUACGUGUGUGGCCGGCGUUUCGGUGGAAUAUGUUGGAGCUUAGAUGACAAAACCAUAUACAUUCAUGAGACCGCGCGAAAUAAUUGCGUACUCGCUUAUGACUUUGAUAUAGAGACAGGUAUCAUUAGAAUGGAUAAAGAUAGGCUAUUCUAUGAAUUCGAAAAUCCCACGGAAUAUCCAAUGGCUUUUAUGGUGGAUUCACAAGAUCAUAUGUGGUGCGCAGUAGCUGGUACCUCAAGAAUUAUCAGGAUAAGCCCGAAGAGUGAGGUUGUGGGAGAGAUCAAUUUGCCUUCUCCUCAUGAACCUAUCGACUUACAAUUCAGCGGCAACGAAUUGGUUAUCCUUACAAAAAGAAACAUCAAAAGUGAUGAAGUUUUGCCGACAAGUGGUACUUCUCAUGAAGUGGUAAAGACUACCAAAGAAGCACCGCAUGGCAACAUUUUCACUGUGGAUAUUGGCUACACUGGUAAACCAAUACGUUUCUAUAAGUUGGGCCCAGAGGAACUUUGUUUGUUGAAGAAUUCUGGUCUAUCUCUUGGGGAACAAUACAUAAAUUUUCUACGAAAACAUUGGGACGUUAUCAGGAAAAUCCCUGAGAAUAAAAUAUCACGAGGGAUAUGA